AUGGCAGCGAUGGCGACUGGAGACCAGCAUGCUGCCUCUGAAGUUUUGAGAGGACUCGCCCGACACUUAAACUGUCUAAACGAAGACAACAAGUCGACAAGAAAGAGGGCCCUUGAGCUAAUCAAGAGGGAGACUGUAGAUAAAGGACUUUCCAGCAGCGUCUUACAGGAGGUUUUCUCUGCCCUCCUCAAGCCGCUCCUCAAAUGUCUGUCAGACCCGAUGGAAAGAUGCAGAGAAACCGCCAUAACGACAAUAACAGAGUUUAUUCGCUGUGUCCCUAAACCGGAGGAGUCGCUGCCUUAUCUCAUGCCCUGUCUGGCUCAGAGGCUCGGGGACAAAGAGAUCCUGGAGCCGGCGGAGGAGCUUCGGCUGUCGGCCGUGGAGAUGUUGACUCUGACGUUGGAAGUGUGCGGGAAGCAUUUAGCGCCGUAUCUGAACGAAAUGAUGAACAUAUUGCAGAGAACCAUCGUCGACCCUUUCCCAGAUGUCAAAAGAGAAAGCUGCAAAUGCACCGUGAAUUUAGCGAAGUGUGUGCCAGAGCACUUUCACAUGCAGGCUGAGGGUCUGGUCAAGCCUCUCAUGCAGACGAUUUCUCAUCAGCACUCCCGGGUGCGAGUGUCUGUCAUCGAGGCCACCGGGGCUGUCAUUCAGCAUGGCACUGGGAAAAACGUGGAUGACGUGGUUUCUCACCUGGCACAGAGACUGUUUGACGACUCACCACAGGUGAGAAAAGCUGUGACUGCAGUUGUUGGUGAUUGGCUACUUCACAUGAGAGACAGAUACUCUUACUUCCACAAACUCAUUCCACUCUUGCUGAGCAGCAUCAGUGAUGAGAUACCAGAAAUAAGAUUUCUAGCAGCUGAUUUAUGGAAGCAGGUAGGCGCCCAGUGGGAGACGGAGAACGAGGAAGACAUCAAGGACAAGUUGGACUUUCUCCUAACACCGCCUCACUUCUACCCCCCAGGAGUGGAGCGUCCAGGGCUGGGAUGCAGGGAGCUUGUGGUGAGAAGCCUGGGCAGACUGGUACCGGCCAUUACCCACGACGUGACCGACUGGCUGGUGCCCACACGGGUCAGGACGUCUCAGCUGCUGUCUGUGCUGCUGCUCCACGCCGAGGACCACAGCACCCAGCACCUGCAGCCUCUCCUGGCCACCCUCUACCGGGCCUGCACCGACACGGAGAGGGACGUGGUCAGCAACUGCCUGGCAGCUGCUAAACUGUUGGGGACCUUUGUCCCUCCUGUGGUCUUCCUCAAGCUGCUGCUGGAUCAUGUGACGACCCCCACCUCUUCCUCUCACCCCUGGGCCCCUCUCAAGGUGCUGGCUGCGGUCCUGGGAGGCUGCCCCAAACCCCUCCUUAAACCACAUCUCGAACAGAUCGCCAACGCACUGGCCCGGCCCGACGUCUGCCAGGAAUAUCAACAGGUUAUGUACUUGGAGCAGUUGUUGGCCUGCGUGGACGUGCUGCUACAUCAGUGUGAGUCAGACUGUGGCUCAGUCAGCCUGCAGCUGCUGCAGGUGCUUGUCACUGUCCAGAGCCUCUCCACGGAGCCGCAUCUCAGCGAAAAGGCCUUGGAGAGUGCACAGCUCUUGUGUAAGGUGCAGGGCCUGGACUCAGUGAUGGAACUCUAUAGACUACAUAUGGGCCAGCUGCUGGACUGGCUGUCUGCCUCUGUCAACACCUGGUGCAGCUACUCCCCACAGAGACUCCAACUGCACAUCAUAGUCAUGCAAUCAGGUCCAGUGAUUGGGGAGUUUGUGAGCCAGUUGAUGCCUCUGCUCCGCUGCUCCCUCCAGCCAGACAAAGACCCAGAGAUGAGGAUGAGCAUCUUCACAAUGCUUGCUAAGUUGCUACUGGAUGCAACAAACACACUGGAUUCCCAGGGGCGUUUCCGUGACGAGUCAGAGAAGUUCCUGUGUGACAUCUUGCUCCCCAACCUGGUGUGGCACGCGGGCCGUACUUCAGCUGCCGUCCGCACCUCAGUCCUCAGCUGUCUGCUGGCCCUGCUGCAUGGAGGGGCCGUCACACCUGGACAGCUGCUGUGUCUGGAGGAGAAACUGUGUCCUCUGGUGUUGUCGGCUCUGGAAGAAGACUCUCAGAUGAGCAGGCUGUUAGCUUGUCGUUCUCUGUCCGCUGUUCUCAAGCUCAUAGGAACCAGCCUGCACCCAGAGGCCCUCAACAAGAUCUACCCCGAGCUGCUGAAGCGUCUGGACGACAGCAGCGAGGAGGUGCGCGGCGUUGCCCUUCAGGCCCUCGGGCUGUGGCUGUCCUGUCUGACCAAAGACUACAACCCUGAGCUCUGCGCUUCUCAUCUGCAGCUCCUCUACCAGCAGCUCCUGCUGCACCUCGACGACCCUGACAGCUCGGUGCAGGACCGAGUGCUCGAGGUCCUGAAGAAAGCCAGCUCGGUCCACCCGGCCCUUCUGAAAACAGAGGUGGAGGCAGUGAGAGACAAGCAGCGGAGUCCUCUGUACUGCGAGCAGCUGCUCCACCACAUCAGCUCACUGCACACAGAGGCUGCAGCAGAGAGUCCCGAGUGACAUGAAGCUUGUGCCUUCGUUCAGUGAACUCUCUCACCUUAAACCUCACCUCGGACACUGAAUAACAAGCUAUAACAGCGUGCUGAUAAUAAGAUGAUGGGGCAUUUUUCUCUUAAGGACUAUUUCCCCUUAAAAUGAAUAUCUGUCUGUUGUAGCUACAUGCCUUAAAUUCAGUGUUUUGACCCCUUGUGGAUGAUUAUAUGACAAAUUUUAAAUAUAAGGUGACCUUUUCAAUAUGGCGUUUAAUGCAGAGCAACUCCCAUUUGUUGAAGAGCAGCUUUUCUGCAUCCGUUCCUUUUCGUUGUAUUCUUUUGGUUCUGAUGUUUGUUUUUCGUGAUGCACUGUGGUUGUGUUCAGCUCUUCUGAUGAUACAUUCAUUAAGGUCAUUCCUGCAGCAGGGCCUCCAGAAGGUGCUGAGAAGCUGGAGA